UGUUGCUCGUAAAAAGAACUCUCUUCUCAUAAUGUAUGGUCAGCAUUAUAGUCAACUUCCAAGUCAAGUUCAUGGAAUAUUAUUAUAUUUAUUUGGAUACACCACUUGACUUUUCCCAGUAAACUUCUGGGAUGCAGCGAUAAAGUCCUAAGCCAACUUUGAAAAGGUCUAAGUAACUACCAAACUAACGAGUCACGAAUCCCUUCCUUUCUCCACCACGUGUUUUGAAGAUAGUUCAUCUUUUCUUAAGAUCACUUGCCCAAAUUUAUACGCACGCACACAAAAAUAAAAGGUGUGAAAGAUAGAUCGAAAGACCUUUGGUUUCUAAUGGAUCGAACAGUGUUCGAGGCUGCAGCCUCAGGAGACUUCAACCCUUUUCAGGGUCAUAGUGAACAGCAGAUUAUGGACUUAUUAACACCCGAAAGGAGCACCAUUCUCCAUGUUUCCGCUAGAUUCAAUAACAACAAGUUCACAGAACAAGUUAUCCACUUCUGUCCAAGGCUGCUGCUCAAAGAAAACACUGCUGGUGAAACUCCCCUUCACAUAGCAGCAAGAGUUGGGAACCAUGAGUUAGUUGAGCUCCUCAUAAACAGUGCUGGUGAUGUUGAGAGAGAGCAAAUCGACCUGGGAAGUCUUCUCAGAAUAAAAGAUUUGGCUAAGGAAGACACUGCCUUGCAUGUUGGGGUGAGAAAUGGUCACUUUGAAGUGGCUAAGUUGUUGAUUGAUGCAGAACAUGAGUUGCUUGAUGUGCUUAAUGCUGCUAAUGAGUCUCCACUUUUUCUUGCUGUGGAAGGUGGCUUUUCUUCUAUUGCUAAAUACAUAAUGGAAAAGUGUCGUUUUUCAUCUCCAGCCUCUUGCUCGGGCUCUAAUGGCAUGAAUGCUUUGCAUGCAGCUGUGAUUAGGAUUCACCAUGCUAGAUUUUUGGAGCAUCAAGUGCCAGAUUUAUCACUCGAGAACUUGCGGCGUCUGAUAAGGAGCUUUCUAUUACACUUGGAAGAAUGUUUUGGAAGAUUACCCCAACAAACUGAAAUAGAGAUAAUAGGGGUACUACUAGAGAGGGAAGAAAGUCAAAAGGCUGAUUUACUAGAAGAACAGGACAACAUAAUCCAAUGGACUCCUCUCCAUUUUGCUGCAUGUUUGGGUCAUCUUGAAGCAACCAAACUUAUUCUUCACCAGAAUUGUAGUUCAGUUGCUUAUCUGAAGGACAAAGAAGGCAUGUCAGCACUUCACAUAGCUGCCAAAGAAGGCCAUGUCUCAGUAAUGAGAGAAAUCAUCCUUCAUAAACCAGAGGCUUGUGAUUUGGUUGACAACAGAGGCUGGACACCUCUUCACAUUGCUGUUGUCAAUGGAAAACUUAGUGUUGUCAAGUACAUUCUCAAUACCGCAAGACUAGACUUCAUGCUAAACACUGCAGAUAAAGAUGGCAAUACUCCGUUGCAUUUAGCGGCCGGUUUUAAGUAUAAAAGGAUUAUCAAUGUUCUAGUGAAUGACUGCAGAGUUGACAAGAGGGCUACUAAUCUCAAGUACCUUAAGCCAAUUGACAUACUUUUAACUAAUGUCAAUAUUGGUGAAUUUUUCAGGUGUUGGUUUGUAAAGAAGUUGGAACAGCAAGGUGGUCAAGAGAGUCUACAAUCAAUCAUCUACAGAGUAGAACAAUGGAAUCAGUUGGUUAGAAACGUUGACCAUCAUCAUCAUCACCCCAUGGAAAAAGCCAUCAAAUCCGACCGAUUGAAGAAAAUCUCAGACACCCAUUUGCUGGUAGCUGCUCUUAUUGCCACAGUUACAUUCACAGCAGCUUUUACUUUACCUGGAGGGUACGAAAACGAUGAUCAUACCAGUAAGGGAAUGGCAGUUCUGUCAAACAAGAUAUUUUUCAAAGUCUUUGUUGUUGCAGAUUCAGUUGCCUUUUAUUGCUCUGCAGCCUCAGUCUUGCUUCAGUUCUUCAGCUCAAUUGAGCAUAACUAUUAUCUUCUCCUGCGGUUUACAAGAAUCGCAGCCACUCUUACUUACAUUUCCAUCUUUGGAAUGGUUAUUGCUUUCACUUCAGGCUUGCGUGUUGUCAUGCCAAGCUCGUCGUCUCUAGUGUACUAUACUCUGAUAAUGGGUGGUUGCUGUAUUUUUCUCUUUAUCAUAGGAUGUCUUUAGAUGAUUAAUAGUACAUCCUUCAUUUUUUUCAGUUUACCAUGAAAUAGUCAAAAUUAUCACAACUCACAAAUCCAUUUCGAAAAAAGAGAGUAUAAAUUGGGUGCACAUAUCAGUACUAUUUUCUUGUUUU